AAGAAAAAAAAUGAUUUGCUUGGGGAGAAAGUAAGCAUCUGUUUAGAUCGAAAAGUCAUCGUGUAGACAAAGUCAGUUCAGAAUGUUUAGAACAUAUACGUGUUUGCUUAAUUGUGUAAUCUUAUCCCUUUGCUUAAUUGUGUAAUCUAAUUCCUACCCAAUCGUUUCUAUAAAAAUGGAGCCUCGUUCCUUUCUAGUCCAAAAUAUCGAAUUACAUUCAUCAAGCUUCGUUAAUUAGCAUCCCAAGUGAAAUUACCAGCAUCAAAUUCAUAUGUGCGCAGAAGUUCUCAUAUAGAAACAUACAUGUUCUCUUGCAGUGAAAUUACCAGCAUCAGUUUCAAAUAUUCAUAGAAGUUCUCAUUUAGAAACGUACAUGGUCGAUUCAAACGUGGAGAUCCCAACAAGAUUCGAUCCAUUUGCUGAAGCCGAGGAAUUUAGCACCCACAGAGCCAAGGAGUAUGUGCAUAUUCGCAUACAACAAAGGAAUAGAAAGAAAAGCUUGACAACAAUUCCGGGUUUAAGGAAAGAGUACUUGAGUUACGAAAAGAUCCUUAAAAAUCUCAAGAAAGAAUUGUGCUGCAAUGGCAAUGUUGUGCAGGACAAGGAGCUUGGCAAGGUGAUACAGCUCCAGGGAGAUCAAAGGAAGAAUGUUUCUCAGUUUCUAGUGAAUGCUGGGAUUGUGAAGAAGGAUCAGAUCAAGAUUCAUGGUUUUUAGUUAUUGCAUAUGUGUGGAUUUAUUGUUAUAGGUGUUGCGUCUGAAUUCAAAAACAGUCUAUACUGUCACAAGGUAGAGGUAAGACUGCGUACGCACCGCCCUCCGCAGAACCUACUUGUGGGAUUCACCGGGUGGUGUGUGUGAAUUGUGUGAGGAUUGACCUGUUUCCUUUUUCUUUAUUUUUUCUUGUAUUGCUCAUGAUCUUGUCAUCAUGUCAUGGGUUCCUUUGUGAAUUUUAGCUGCUCUUUGUUUUUCAAUAAUAAAGUUGGGCUUUCUUUAGCUGGAA